UUCUAAUUAAAAAGUUAAGAUAAAUACUUUUUUCUUAACUUUUCGUCAUGAUCCUCAAAAUACUCCUUACUCUUACUUUAUACUGGAUCUAUUUAGUUAGAGUAAGAUGUGAAACGGUGCCAGUAGACUUUGAGAAUAAUGAUUAUUAUCAUUUUCAUUUCUCAGAAGAGGUUGAUAUUGAGGAUUUUUCGCGGGCGUUAGGAUUCAAAUAUCAUGAGAAACUAGAAUAUCUGGAUAACCAGCAUAUAUUUUCUAUAGAAAAGGGUGUUUUAGAAGACGAAAUUAAAGAAAAAAUUGAGAAUUAUUUCGGUUUAGAAAAAGGAAGAAAUGCAAUAGAUGGGUUUAAUAGUGACAAGCUUUUUUAUUAUGAGAAACAAAAGUUGGUCAAGCGAGAAAACAGGGGUGCGAUAAGAGACGAUAUAUAUUUUGAUAAUGAAGGUCUUUAUAAUAGAAGAGUUGUCAAGAAUGUUGUAAAAGAUCCGACGGUAGAUCAGGCGAAAAAAUCGACGGAAGAUUUAAAAAAGAGGUUAAAGGAAAUUAAAGGAGAAUUAAAUAUAGAGGACCGUUAUUUUGAUAAACAAUGGUAUUUGUUCAAUACGAAAGACCCUGGUGUAGAUAUAAAUGUUACAGGUCUCUGGUUAGAAGGGAUAACGGGAAAAGGUGUAACAGUUGCCAUUGUAGAUAAUGGCGUAGAUUAUACUAACCUGGAUUUGGCUCCAAAUUUUAAUGCCGAGGCUUCACUUAAUUUUGCUACUGGAACUUUCGACGUAAAACCUGAGUACACGUAUAACAAUCAUGGUACUAGAUGUGCAGGAGAAGUAGCAGCCGCCAGGAAUACUCUUUGUGGGAUUGGUGUUGCAUAUGAAUCUAAUAUUUCAGGAUUACGAUAUGUCCCUUCUGCUCAUUCGUCUUGGAAUGAAGGAGAUGCUCUUAUUUACAAAUAUGAUGUUAAUUAUAUUUAUUCUUGUAGCUGGGGACCUGCCGAUACUGGGAAUUUAAUUCAAGAUAUUUCUUAUACUAGUUAUUCUGCAAUUAUUAAAGGGAUAAAUGAAGGUAGGAAUGGUCUUGGUUCUAUAUACGUUUUCGGAUCAGGAAAUGGUGGGUAUUUUGAUGAUUGUAAUUACGAUGGAUAUGCAAAUAGUCCAUAUACUAUUACUAUCGCUGCUAUAGAUGCAGAAGAAAAAAGAUUUAGAUUUUCAGAGCCAUGUCCUUGUAUUUUAGCUUCUACGUAUUCUGGCAAGAGUGGUGCAUAUAUUUAUACUACGGAUGUUGGUACGACAGAAUGCACCUUUUUACAUACUGGAACUUCUGCUUCUACACCUCUUGCUGCGGGUGUUAUUGCUCUUCUUCUUUCAGCAUGUCCUAAUCUUACAUGGCGUGAUGUUCAAGCUUUGAUUGUGGAGACAGCUGUUCCAUUUAAUUUGGAAUAUCCUGGAUGGGAACAAGUUCAUUCUAAACGUUAUUAUAAUAAUUAUUUUGGUUAUGGGAAACUAGAUGCAUAUAGAAUGGUCGAAAGAGCAAAAACAUUUCAAAAAUUAAAUCCUCAGACAAUGUUUUCAACUCAACUAAUACCACUUAAUAAGAAAUUUUCUGAAAACGGUGGGCAUAUCACAAGCAGUUUUUAUAUUCAUCGUGGAUAUCCUACGCAUUAUAACUUUAAAAGUUUAGAAUAUGUUGGUGUUUCAUUUCGUUAUAAGCACCAAAGAAGAGGUCAUCUAGAGUUUAAUAUUACCAGUCCUUCUGGAGUUACUUCAGUAUUAGCACAUAGACGUAAUCCUGAUAAACAUGGUGGCAGUAUUCUUUGGACUUUUAUGACUGUAAAGCAUUGGGGAGAACCCAUUGUAGGUAAUUGGACUAUCGAUGUUGAAGAUAAAAAGGAUCAGAAUCUAGAUGGUGAAGUUUUUUAUUGGCAACUUCAUUUUUUCGGGGAGUCUUCUAAAUCAGAAGGCGUACCGCCUGCUUCAUAUCCUUUUCUAUCUAUAUAUCCAACUACUAUGCCUCCGCCAGAACCAACUACUACGCUUCCACCAACUCCAAGUUCUACAUCUUCAUCAAGACCACCACCACCUGCACCUCAACCACAACCGCAACCGCAGCCUCAACCAGAUCCUGGGUCUCUGCCUUCAUCAGAUCCUGAGUCUCCGCCUUCAUCAGAACCUGGGUCUCAACCUCCAUCAAAACCUGGGCCUCAACCUCCAUCAGAUCCUCAACCUCCAUCAAAACCUGGGCCUCAACCUCCAUCAGAACCUGCGCCUCCAUCAAAACCUGCGCCUCCAUCAAAACCUGCGCCUCCAUCAAAACCAGAUCCUAACCCUUCAUCAGAUCCUAGCUCUCAGAAAGAUCCAGAUACUUCGCUUUCAUCAAAUCCAACUUCUACAUCUUCAUCAGAACCACCACCACCAUCACCACCACCACCACCGCCACCGCCACCUGCUCCUGCACCUGCACCGCCUCCACCACCGCCGCCACCACCACCUCGGCCGGAACUAGAACCAGAACCAGAACCAGUGCCACAACCACCGCAGCCACAACCACCACAGCCACAACCAGAGCCACCUGCACCUCCACCAAAACCACAACCACCACAACCACCACCACCACCGCCACCACCGGAACAAAAACCAACAUCAAUAACUUCAUCUACAUCUACGACUUCAUCGAGCAAAACUAAAAUAUCAACCACUCGAAAAGCUUCAUCUACUAAAACUUCAUCUACUACAAAAACUUCUACACGGCCGUCUCCUACUGAGGGUACUUUUACUGGAUCAAGUGCUUCUCAUCUUUCAUUCUUCGAAAAAAGGCAUUUGUUACUUCAAAUGAUAUUAUUUGAUAGACUUUCUAUAAUUGAAGCACUUAAUGAUGAUUCUGAUCCAAAUAUAUCUUAA